CAAAAUGUAUACAGGAAGACAAAGGAAAUCAAAGGCGCAGCCUGGAAGAAGUUCUUCGUUGCUGUAAAUAACUACAAAACAAAGUGGAUCACUAAAAAUGCUUAUAGAACUCUUGGUGUUGAAGUUAACUGGUUAAUAUCUUGAGGUUCAAUGUCAGAAAGAGGGGAUUUUUUCUGUUCCUUUUUCCAGCUUAACAGCAGACCUCAAUGAAGUGGGGAGUUUACCAUAGCAUUUUGAAAUAAGGAAACCAUCACACAAUUAGAAUAAACUGAGGGGAAAAAAAAAUCAGAGGGUUCAGAAAAUAAUGUCAAAGCACAAGUUCCACUGAGAUUUAUGAAUAAUGAAAGUCUAAGUCUUAAGUUUUGGAGUCUGAACCUCAUAUGUGCUGCAUCCUCGUUACUGUCUUACGUACGAAAAUACUAAAACUCAUUUCUUUCUUUUUCAGUGAAAAUUUAAGUUGAAUUUAACUAAUUCAGAUGAUUUCAAAUGCCGUACAAUAACCACACGCAGAUUUAACAUUCAGAAAAUUCCUUCCCCCAUUCCUUACAAAUCAAGUGACAAAUGAGUUCUUUCCAAGUUCAAAAACUCUGCUAUUGAUACAUGAUCGCAAAAUUAAAGAAAAUGCACGUAGCACACAGUAGCACAUAUUAGCACAGACACGUAUGAGGUAAAGCUGUAUUUGAAACCUUGACUGUUAGCCCACCCCCCAAUUUCCCAGAUAUUCUAGAAGUCCAUGCCACUCAGCUGUUAUGCCAAAGGCUCCUCAAACAAGAGAUUGCACCAGAUGGGUGAACCUAUGUAGGGGAAGUCCAUAUUAAAAUGUCACACAAUGGUGGCAUUUCCUUACAAGGGUCAGUGUGUAUGAGGUAUGAAUAUUACAUCAGUCAAACAAAUAAAUCUGGAAAAUAAAUCAAUGAAGUAGCUUGAAGAUCUGCAAUGGAAUAAACUGACAAUGACUUCACCUUGUUUUCAGCUCUCCUUUUUUUCAGUGCCCGAGAUCGCCAUCGAAACGUUUCCAUGGUAUAGUUUUGAAAGCUUUAUUACCUUCCCUUUAACCCUCAUCGUCAAAUGAUAACAUUUAAAACCCUUUAGUAAAAUCAUAUUUGGGAUAUUCAACUUAUGACAUCUACCAAUCAUGUUCCGAUAUAGCACAAUAACUGUCCAAUCAGAGACGAGAAAAGAGCAGGAGGCGGGCAAGUAGAGGGGGGUCAUCAUGUCCCUCACCUCUGUCAAGUCUUGUGUCAUUUCAAGCAAAGCCACAGUGUGUAUGUUCAGCACUGAGGAUGGAGAGGGGGCUGAGUCACUUGUGAACGGGUGAGUUUAGCACUCAGCAAAGCUGCUGAUCUGGAUCGACUGUCUUGCUUGCUCUUUCGCGUCUUCUUACACCAGUCCCGCUGACAGCAUUGACGUGUGUCUGUAUGUUUGAUCUGCCUGUGGUUUUCAGAUGUAAUCUGUACACAUACAACUCACUCGUUCUGCCGCUUCAGGGAACCAGACAAUUCGUUCUUGUCAAUUUGCGGGCGUAGCCCAAGGAGGAUGUGUCACUGUAAAAUUUUCCCCUUAAGUGUGAACCAUUGACUUUCGGGCUCAGGUCUAAUAGUAUUCGUCACCUUGGCACGACAUGGUGUACUGCAUUUGUGUACCGUAACAGUGCAGGGCAGAAGGAGGUAGAUCGCUGAAGAUACAGCACGGCUCACAGUGGACUUCUGUACUACUGGGCGACGGCACCUGCCUCCGCCACUUUCUCAGUUCUAGCAAGUACGUCUAGGGCGAAUUUCUCUCAAAGAAUUUCACCGGCGCGACCUUCUUCAAUAUUUUCUCCUGGCGCUAUCUAUGUGCAGCCGGCAGCAGAAGCUUUGGGACGUUGGGCCACACAGAAACGUGUUGUGUGCUUCUGAAGACAUACUAUUUCCCUGAGACUUGAUAAUUACUUAAUGGAAUUAAAGACUGCUACUACUACUACUCCUCUGUGAGCACAAGGUUGAAUGGAGAUCUCUCACUUGGCAUUUAAAUUGAGUCCUUCUCUUGUCUCCGCCGCUCUCUACCAGCUCUCCUACUCACACAAGGCCUUAAAAUGACGGUCCAGCUCCACAACCAGCAGUACUCAUGCUUCCUGCACCAAGCUAACAAGCUGAGGCAGUUAGGUGCCUUUUGCGACACAGUCAUCGUGGUGGAGAGCCAGACUUUCAGAGCGCACAGCCUGCUUCUAGCUUGUGCCAGUAAGAAGCUGGAGAAUGUCCUCUCCAGUCGACAGCAUGGCCAGCAGUACCACUGCACCCUGGACCUGCUCUCCUCCCGCACCUUCCAGCAGAUCCUUGACUAUGUCUACACAGAAACCCUAGAGGUCUCCACUGAAGACCUGCAUGGACUCUUCAAGGCAGCCCAGCUCCUCGAGAUGCACCAGCUCGGGGAGCAAUGCCGCGCUCAGCUUGAAACCCUGAACUCAGCACCAGACGCGUGUCAGGAAGAGGCAGGUGCAGCACAGCAGGCACCCCUUGACAUGCUCCAGGGCAGUCCAUCACGCGAAGAGCAAUCUGACCUCGAGGUUAUAGAGCGUUCUUCGAGUCCUCCCCACCACCUCAAAAACCCAAGGCCAGACAGCACCCUGCUUGUGGCCGUGCCUCCCAGGGUAAGUGUGAUCGCCAGCACUGCCCAGGGAGCACUCAAACCCACCCCCUCCAGGUCACCCAGACUGGGAUGGCACCCGAUCCCUUCUUCUCCAAGAAUGGCCCUGACCAGCACUGAUUUCAUGGCCCUUCGCACCCUCCAUCCUUCAGAGCACUUGGUGGCAUGUCCCUUCCCCGUCCCCACUCCAGUAUAUCCCCUCUUCUCCCCCUCCGGCCUGCCCCAAAGCCACCACAGCUCCAUCAUGGGCUAUGCUGGGAUCCUCCACCCUUUUCACCACGCCCUCAUCCCAGGGUCACGGGAGCUGGACGUGUCCGUCAAGCACAACCUGCAGAGAAAGAGCGGCUUGAUGGAUGCAGCGCUGAUGGGCAGCAUGCCGGAAGAGGAAAAAAGGAAGCUUCAAGAACGCAUCGACAAGCGGUUCCACUGUCGGCCACACGGCAAAGAGUUCCUGGACAGCCAUCGUCUGCAGAUGCAUGCUGGGGUUGCCUCCGGCCCCGGCGAGGUGCCACUGGGCUGCAAGCAUUGCGGUCGCUACUUCCGUGACGAGAGCGCCCUGCGCUCGCACCGGCGCGUGCACAGCGGCGAGAAGCCUUACCAGUGUGAGCGCUGCCCCAAAAGGUUCAGCCUCAAGCACCAGCUGGACACGCACCACCGGGUGCACACCGGAGAGAAGCCAUUCGAGUGCCGCAUCUGCGGACAGCGUUCGCGCGACUACUCGGCCAUGAUCAAGCACUUGCGCACCCACGGCGGCGCCGCGCCCUACCAGUGCACCGCCUGCCUGGAGUUCUGCAGCAGCCUGGCCGCCAUGCAGAAGCAUGUCAAGACUCACCCGGCCAAGGACUUCCCUCUAGACUGGAGCAUCAACAGCACCUACCUUUACAACUGCCACAGCUGAGGCCGAGACGCCAGCCGCCCGACGCUCGCGAGGCAUUUCACCGCAACGGCCUCAGUUUACCACACAGCCAAGUGCCACGUACCAACUGUGCGGGACCGCAGAAUAAAAACACAAAGUGACUCUCGUGCUCACAUUCUACGGCCGACCAGACAUUGUGUAGAUACCUUUUUUUCCCCCCCAGAUACAGCAACAAUUGCAGCAAGAGAAAAGGAAAGGCAUGAAACUUAAGAAACCCCACCAUUACGGAAAGACACAAACAUGUAUGUUUUCACUCAUCAAGGGAGACACACACACACAGACAAUAUUUUGCUGGAUCUCAACUCUACAGCCUCUCAUUUUGCGGAGAGGUUAUGUACGAGCAUUAAAAGGUCCAGGCAGACAGUGUGUGAGGACAAGAGCGCCUAGGAGGCGCUGCGCUGGCGACACCAACCCGUCACGUAGCGACGCAGUCUGUAAGAAAGGCCUCGUGACCACUAGGACACACACAGCUUCACAGCCACCUCUUUGCUUUGAAUGUACAAGAAUGUAGCAGAAAUCCUCAACCACAUAACACAAGUCCCACGUCCAUUUGUAUGUCUUAAAUGUACGCACCCAUUAUUAUGUUCUUUAUUAGACUCGUACAAUUUGCUGCUUUAACGGCGAAGCAUCUAUUUACGACACUGCUUUCAAAUGACAUUGCUCUAUACUUUUGGAACAACAAGUGAAUAACGAGUGUAAAAACUGCUUUAACUUAGUUCACGUUAACUUCGCGAGACAAUGCCACGUAUGAGCAGGCUCAGUAUUUCUCAGUUCUAAGUCGCAGCAGUCCUGACGUUUAACUGAUACCAGUACUGGGGCUUCUCGCUUCGUACCACCACCUUCGCGUGUCCGCACGAGCUGGGAUUCUUUAGAAGAAUACCGCCACGUUUAUCUGCUUCGGCUGAAGCUCUGAAACAGGGACCGGAGCCAUCGACAAGUCCCUCGCAGGGUGUUCUCCGCACGCAGUCGCGCAGAGCUCCGCGCGUCACGUCGAGCUCAGCUGCAUCCGUGUACCACAGGUCGUGCUUCUCGCGUACGAUCAAUCUGACGGGGAGCAAAGAGGAGGCGGCAUCACGAACACACCCAUGUACGCACACACACUGCUCUUACUGCAGUUCCACAUUUUAGUGGAAUGAUAACUCUUAAAACCACCUGGAUCUUACUGAGAUUGUCAUUCAUUCUAAGAAUGAGUCUGUGAGUUAGGUGGUACGGUACUUUCUUUUUUUACAACUGGAUGUAAAAAUGUGCCCAGUCGGUAGCCAGACAAGGCAGAGGGGGCACGAGGCUUGACCCCCAUUGCGGAGCGUGUGUAGAUACACACGUACGUGUAUACAAGCGUACGCAUCACGGCGCACACAGUGAAGCAGCUCACCGUUUCCCAUUACUUUAUAUUUUCAGCUGAAUAUAAAGCGCAUUUGCUUGGAAAUACUGUACGCAUGGAAAAGUUUAGACUGCUGCCCAAGUAAAUAUACUGACAACGGUUAAAGUUACCAAUCAGCUAUUAAGGACUUCCUACUGGAAUAUUUCGGCUUUUUUUUGUAGCGUUUUUCCGAGAGUUACCCCAACAACUGAGUAAUAUGGAGUUACGAAUAUGAAUAGUUCAUGAUACCAUGAAAUACCCCCAGUCUCUGUGAACUGUCUGCUAUGUAGAACAAACAAACAAUUUCCUUCCACACCCUCAGUUGUAACCCCCCCCAACUGAUGCUGGUAUAUCAAGUGCCCUGAUAACAGUACAGACUUAGAAAAACUUUUUUCUUUCUUUUUUUUUGGGGGGGGGAGUAGUCAGGCAACUGACAAUGUGCAAAACAUGGACCUGCCGGCUUCACAUUUACAAGAAACCUGACGCCGCCACGUUGUACGACGCAUCGUCACUCUCUUUUUUCUAAGUAAAACUGAAAUAAAAGUUUUUUUUUUUUUUUUUUUCCUGUCCUGCCACUUCUAACCCAAUAAACUUUAUCUGGAUCCUCUUCUUGUACCCCUCCCAUUACUUCUCACAUCCAUUCAACCACUGAAGAGAACCCCAAAUGAGAGCAUACAUGCUAAAAAAAAAAAAAAA